CCCGCUAUUUCCGGGAAGGUCUUUUUGUUUUAGGGCCGAGAAGCAGAGACCGUGUCUGAUUUCCCCGCUGCUUCCCACCGUUUUUUAUCCGCUUUCAUUUCGGUCUAAAACAUCUCUGAUUGGACGUUGGAAUCACUGGAACAACAGGUGUCUUUUAUGAAUAAUCAAAAGCAGCAAAAGCCAACGCUAACAGGCCAGCGUUUCAAAACUAGGAAAAGAGAUGAAAAGGAGAGAUUUGACCCUACUCAGUUUCAAGAAAGUAUUGUACAAGGCUUGAACCAAACUGGCACUGAUCUGGAAGCUGUUGCGAAGUUCCUUGAUGCCUCUGGUGCCAAGCUUGACUACCGCCGGUAUGCAGAAACACUCUUUGACAUCCUGGUGGCCGGUGGAAUGCUGGCCCCAGGCGGGACCCUGUCUGACGACAUGACCCGCACAGAGUUCUGCCUCUUUACGGCACAAGAAGACCUGGAGACAAUGCAAGCAUAUGCUCAGGUUUUUAACAAGCUGAUCAGGCGUUACAAGUACCUGGAGAAAGGAUUCGAAGAGGAGAUCAAGAAAUUGCUGUUGUUUCUAAAGGGGUUCACUGAAUCGGAGCGUAACAAACUUGCCAUGCUAACGGGCAUCCUGCUUGCCAACGGCAACAUAUCAGCCUCCAUCCUGAGCAGUCUGUUCAACGAGAACCUUGUCAAAGAGGGCGUAUCUGCAGCUUUCGCUGUCAAGCUGUUCAAGUCCUGGAUCAACGAGAGGGACAUCAACUCUGUCGCUGCCAGUCUCCGUAAAGUGGGCAUGGACAACAGGCUGAUGGAACUCUUUCCUGCCAACAAACGGAGCUGUGAGCACUUUUCAAGGUACUUCACCGACGCUGGGCUGAAGGAGCUGUCAGACUUCGCCCGGAACCAGCAGACCAUCGGUGCCCGCAAGGAGCUUCAGAAAGAGCUCCAAGAGCAAAUGUCCCGUGGGGACCCGCAGAAGGAAAUCAUUGCCUACACAAGAGAGGAGAUGAAAAAAGCCAACAUCUCUGAGCAGACUAUGAUCGGCAUCAUUUGGACCAGCGUGAUGAGCACAGUGGAGUGGAACAAGAAAGAAGAGUUGGUGACCGAACAAGCCAUCAAACACUUGAAGCAAUACAGUCCUCUGCUGAAAGCCUUCACCUCCCAGGGCCUGUCUGAGCUCAGUCUCCUGGUGAAGAUCCAGGAGUACUGCUAUGACAACAUCCAUUUCAUGAAGGCCUUCCAGAAGAUCGUGGUGCUCCUCUACAAAGCGGAUGUUUUGAGUGAAGAGGCCAUUCUGAAGUGGUACACAGAGGCUCACCUCGCCAAGGGGAAAAGCGUUUUCCUCGAGCAGAUGAAGAAAUUUGUUGAGUGGCUCAAGAACGCUGAAGAAGAGUCCGAAUCUGAGGAAGAGGAGGCGGACUGAGCGCUCCUAUCGCAAGACGCGCAUUUUUUUUUAAACCAAGUAGCAGCAGGAGCAGUAGAAUGUGUCUCUCUCCCCCAACUUCCCCUCCUUCUUUUCUACCUCCUGUUACUUCUCUCACCACCCCUCGACAUUUAGACAUUAUGGAAAAAAUAAAUGAAAGGGCUUCAACGGAGAGUUGACUCCUUAUUGCUAAUAUUGAUCAGUGUGCAGGUUUGUGAAUUGAGCCUUCAUUGUAAAAAAAUUCACCGGUCGUUGACUUUUUAAAGAAUCGACUCAUACGGAAAUCAUAACAGUGAGUUCUCCCUCUUUUUUUCUAUUGAUGUUAUCAUGCCUUCGAGUACCUGGGAUAAAAAAAACAUUCCACGUGAUCAUGACAAACGCUGCUGCCAGAUUUUCAAAUCCUAACCCCCAAGAUCGUAUUGGAGUUUGCCUUGUCAUGUGACUACGAGGCAGCCCACACAUGUUGAAUACUGCGUUUUUUUUGCCAAAGGUUUAUUUCUCCUGUUUAGUCCAGUGGUUCACUUUUUUAUUUUUAUUUUUCUGGGUAAACCUGUACCAUAACUCGAGGUGACGCCACUCCUCUGUAAUGAAAUGCCCCUGUAAGAUGCCUCGCCAGCUAACUGAUUAUCGGUUUCUACUUUUUCUUUAAUCUGAUAUAAACCAAUUGACUUUUUUAUGGAAUAAAGAUUAUUGAAAUGA